CCAGCCAUGUCCAGCAUAAACAGUGCCCUGUGCGUGGAGAGCGGACAGAAUGUUGACAUGUCCCUGCUGCAGAAGGACAACCUGCAGGUGGACUCGAGCGGAUUAAACCCGGUCCUGGAUUACAACGCCGAGAUGGAGCGGUACCGCUCCUUCGCCAACUUUUACAAAAGCAAUGGCGCGUUUCCGCAGGCGGCCAAGAUCGCGCGCAUAACCACGCCGAUUUUUCCCAGCGCUAGAAUCGGCGUGUCCCCCUGGAACUGCGACAACGCCAUGCUCUGGGGAAGAAAAUCGGCGGCAAUAAACCCUAAUAGGACCGGCGUGCCGAGAAAUGAGUCCCAGGGGCCUGCGAAGCCUGGCGUGCCGCCAGAGACGUUGCAAAUGGCAAAUAAUAAUUUCCUCUCCACCUUAUCCCCCGAACACUGCAGACCUUUAGCGGGAGAAUGCAUGAACAAGCUGAAAUGCGGCGGCGCCGAAGCAGAGAUAAUGAAUCUCCCGGAACGCGUCGGAACUUUUUCCGCCAUUCCGGCUCUAGGGGGCAUCUCAUUACCUCCCGGGGUCAUCGUCAUGACAGCCCUGCACUCCCCCGCCGCCUCGGCGGCCGUCACAGACAGCGCGUUUCAAAUUGCCAAUCUGGCGGACUGCCCGCAGAAUAAUAACGCGUCCUCGGCGGCCGCCGGCAACCCGGCCAAGAAGAAGCGGAAGCGGUGCGGGGUGUGCGCCCCCUGCAGGCGGCUCAUCAACUGUGGCGUGUGCAGCAGCUGCCGCAACCGCAAGACGGGCCACCAGAUCUGCAAGUUCAGGAAGUGCGAGGAGCUCAAGAAGAAACCAGGCACGCCGCUCGAGAGGACGCCAGUGAGUGGGGGCGAAGCCUUCCGGUGGUUCUUCUGAGUCCUCCGGUGGUGAUGGCGAUGCGAAGCUUGAAGUCAGGUAACGCGCUGGCUCACGACGUGCAGCACUAGAGGGGCCGCCGUACCCAAACCUGCGUCUUGGGAGGAGGAGCAAAGUAAAAGAAAACCUAACGGCGUCGAAUUAACUCUGUAAUUUCCUUUCCCGUGUAACAUGUACCUUUUGACAGUAUCAUAAUGUAUAUUUUGGUGUCGAUCAGUGUGUUUCAGUGUCGUGACUGUAUGGACAACAGUCAUCUGUAAUGGACUCAAAAAGACAAUCAUGGCAGAGAAACCGAAAUGCAGAGGCCACACGCAUUAACACGUAACCGCGACACGAUACACUUUAUAAAUCUGGAGCAAUAAUCUUAUUACUAAUCUUGCUACGAGUAGCCUGACUAGUCUCCUCACUAACUCACUAUCUUCGAUUCAGAUGCGCUUCAUGUUAUUUAUUGGUUUGAGAUUUUCGCGCACGCAGACGCACAAGGCCACACAUGCACACUAGCACACGAGCACACACAUUUAUCCCCGUCUUUUUCUUUCCUUUUUUUUUUUGAGCAUUUGAAUGGCAAGAGCAGGUCUUCACUCUUCACGAAUGAGCCGUGUGAGAAGGGACGUCCUGUGUGGUCGCCCACUUUGUAUAUUUUUCUAAGGACUUUGCACACUGCAGGUCUUCAGUAGUCCAUCGCCAUGUUGCAGAGAAAACACAACGAUCCCUUUUUUGCUAGUAAUGGACUAACAUGAGUCUAACAGUAAAAUAUAUUUUGUUUGUUUGUCCAUCUCGUUGAGACAUCGGAAUCUUGUUUAAAUUCAUCAGCCAUACAUGAUAAGGGAAACUUUAGAAGAAUGUGUCAUAUUUAUGCUUUGGAAGAUUUAAUGGGUAUAAACGUUUCUUAAUUACCAUGUGACAUGGAUAAUAGUUUUUUUCAGCAUUUUUUUUUUUUUUUUUGUUUACAGCUGUCAAAGAGGUAGGUAGAAAUACUGGUAAAGGAAUUUUAUUUACAUGAAACUAAUGAAAUUUUGCAUUUUCUAAAUGAUCACCUACAGUAUUAGCGUGUAUCAGUGUAUCCUGAAUUUGGGGCCUGUAUACGCUUUUUUCCCCACCACACAAAAUCUGAUUAAUUAACAUAGAUAUCUUAAAAUGAAUAAACCUACUCAUUCCAGCUCAGUAAUUAAUUAAAUAAUUUACUCAUUGUCCUAAACCCUGUUGCAUGUGUAAAUGUGUUUUGGUUUUAAAGGUUAUUAAGAAUUUGU